UUCUAGUUUUUCUAAUGUUAUAAGGUUCAUUAAUUUAAGUGGAUGAAUGACAUAAUGCACAAUAUCCUUCUAAUAUUCUCUAGCCAUUGAAUCAUUUUGCUACUAUUUUUGCUUAGGAAAAGAGGAAAUCCAAGUCAAGCACUUGAACACCACCACAACAAACAGGCCCUUAAAUUAGCUCUAUAAAAUCCACAUGAAAACAGAGUUGUUCUCAUUGAUUCACCACCAACAAAUGGCUAGAAAACCUCAACCCACAACUUUCAUCCUUUCCCUCCUCUUCCUCCUCCUGCCUCUAACCCUAACCGCCGUGGCCGGCGGAGGCAUCGCCAUUUACUGGGGUCAAAACGGCAAGGAGGGUACCUUAGCCGAAACAUGUGCCACCAAGAAAUUUUCCUUCGUAAACAUAGCCUUCCUCUACAUAUUCGGCAAGGGUCAGACCCCAGUAAUGGACCUCUCCGGCCACUGCAACCCCUCCGCCAACGGCUGCACUGCCGUGAGCGACGGCGUGCGGUUCUGCCAGAAGAUGGGCAUAAAAGUCAUGCUCUCCAUCGGUGGCGGCAUUGGCAGCUACUCCUUAGCUUCCAAAGCCGAUGCAAAAAAUGUAUCGGCCUAUCUAUGGAAUGCUUUCUUGGGUGGAAGGUCAAAGUUUCGGCCUUUGGGCGAUGCUGUAUUGGAUGGCAUAGAUUUUGACAUAGAGCUUGGCUCAAACCAGUACUGGGAUGAUCUUGCUCUCUUUUUAUCAGCUUUUGGGAAGUUCGGAAGAAGGAAAGUGUACUUAACUGCUGCACCACAGUGUCCAUUUCCAGAUUACUUCUUAGGCUCUGCGCUUAACAAGACUUGCCUUUUUGACUAUGUUUGGGUUCAAUUCUAUAACAAUCCUCCUUGCCAGUACACUGCAGGGAACACUGAUAAGAUUAUCAAGUCCUGGAAGAAGUGGACUGCUUCCAUACCUGCUAGGAGGGUGUUCUUGGGGUUGCCGGCGUCGCCGGGGGCCGCCGGAAGUGGGUUCAUUCCGGCGAGCGUGCUGACGACCCAGAUCCUGCCGGAGAUAAAGUCGUCUCCCAAGUACGGCGGCGUGAUGCUGUGGUCAAAGUACUGGGAUGAUCAGAGUGGGUACACCGACACGAUUAGGGGCAGUGUUUGAAUUAAACUAGUUGUCGCUUUGUUCUCAGCCUGAUUAAUAAACAAUGCGUUUUUCAAAUUCUUAGCCUUGAGUACUGGGAUGAUCAGAGUGGGUACACCCUCAGAGUGGUUUACUGUUUUAGUGUAAUUUUUGUUCUUGCUAAAUAAAUGCUUAAACCACGAGAUUA